CUCAUACAGAAUAUAGCAUUCCUACCCCUCGGCAGCUCAUACAGAAUAACACAUAUAACAUUCCUACCCCUCGGCAGCUCAUACAGAAUAACACAUAUAACAAUCCUACCCCUCGGCAGCUCAUACAGAAUAACACAUAUAACAUUCCUACCCCUCGGCAGCUC